UACUUCCCCCCCCCGCCCCCAACACACACACACGCACACAACACGCCUAUAUAUGAGGGGGUCGGAGCCGCGUCUCCAGUCCCGCCACGCGACGCCCGCUGUCAUGGACUUUCUCCUGGACCUCCAUGCGCACCUGCGCCUCCCGCUCGUCCUCCUCCUCCUCCUCCUCGCGGCCCGGACAGUCACGGUGUCUCCGUCCUCGGCCGAUGGCGACGCUGCUGUCCCCCGGCGGCACGUGCGCUCCCAGUGCGGCGGGGACGCGCUCCUGUCCUGCAGAGCCGCGCUCAAGACUGGAGUCCGGUACCGGGAUGUCAGGUGGUACAAGGUCGCCGAAGGGCCCCAGCCAGAGCGCAGCGGCAUCCUGCGUAAGAGUCUCACCACGAACGUCACCCACCAGUACAGAGGCUACGGGGGGGGCCCUGCCCCGCUGCUGGACGGCGACUCGUUGGACCUCAUCCUGUUCAACACCACGGCUCAGGACGGCGGCACGUACAGCUGCUUCCUCAGUGCCCCCGUGGGAGAGCAGAACCAGGAGGGAAUGGUCUAUCUUACAGUGACUGGCUGCCCUGAGGAAACGACAUUCAGCGACCUUUGGCUCGAAGGAAUCCUCUUCUUCACUGUGGCUCUGUCCCUCUUCUUGUUCUUCAUCUGCUGGGUCCUUCUGAAGAACCUUUCAGUACUGGGAGAGAAGCAGAAGCAGCUUCUGAAGGAGAAGAUCCUGAAGACUCCUCUGGAGAAGAAGACCUUGCAGCUGAUAUACACCCCCGGCCUGAAAGACGGCUCUCCCUACCGCCACGUGUGCGUGUGAUCCAGUCCCAGAGGUUUGGUUCUGUACCCUGACUCGGUGUAGGGCGAUGCCCCUCGCGACACACCUGAUCCCCACCCCACAGGCAUUUGGACUUGUCCUCCUCUCUGGGUCACCUCACUUGUGUCGGCUGGGUGGUCCUUGAGGAAAACCACCGGAAAAGAGCGUCUUUACUGGGAGGAUGAGCUCCGAGCUCGAGGCGGUUAAGGACACGAGGGAGUUUCUAGUCAGAUCAAGUCAGCUGUGUGUCAGCUGUCUCACCUGUGUCGACAUGUCAAAGAGUUUCAAGAGCAGCAUCUCCCUCUGCGUCUCCCUGUAGCUU